CUGUGACCACUGCAGCGCAGAGAGCUGAAGACUGGAGGCCCGAGCCCAGUUCAGCAAACCCCGCCGCGCUUCCAAGCUCUUCCCAACUCCAGCCGCCGCGCCAUGGCUUCUCCUGCGGGGGCCAAUAGCGCGGCCUCCUCCUCGAGGGGGCCGCCCUUGCCGUUGCCCUUUCCCUUCCCCGCCGCGGCCCACUUCCCCUCCCGCGACGCCGUCCCUUUCCUGCCGCAGCACCAACACCCGCCCGCCACUUCCGGCGGCGGCGAGGAGGUUGAAGAAGACGAGGGCAGCAUGGACGACGACAGCGGCGAAGAGGACGAGGCUGAGCUGGCGGAUGGAGCGGCCCACGCCUCGCAGCAGCGACGCGCUUCCUCUGCUCCAGGUAUUGGGCGGGCAGCGAUGAAUGGGGAUAUUGGAGCGAGGCAUACGCAAGAGGUGCAUCAGUGGCAGCAGCAGAGUCAUUUUUAUAACCGUGGAACCGAGCAAUAUGGGUGUACUUCGUCUGGAGGGGACGAACCUGGUACUAUCCCCAUGGAGAUGAGGAUGGAGAAUGGAUGCGGUGUUAUCGGAAGAAGAGAGGGGGGUCCUGCAUCUAGCUAUUGGGACUUGCUGAGAGCUCACCUUUCUGAUCCGUUGACAGGUGUUCUCAUGGAUGAUGCGAUGAUUCUAUCAUGUGGCCAUUCUUACGGAAGUGGUGGGAUGCAGCAUAUCUACAGAAUGAAAGCUUGUGGUAAAUGUGGGCAGCCAAUUACCGAGGACACAAUUCGACCAAACUUGGCUCUUCGCCUUGCAGUUCAGGCAUUUAAACGCGAAGAGGAUUCAGCAAACACAUUGAAAAGAAGGAAAGAGCGCCUUGAACAGGGUUUUGAUCUCGCCUCGCCGGGCUGCGCCGCUGCCGCCAUGGAGAGGGAGCUGCUGGAGACGUUCGAGGCGGCCAAGAAGGCGGCCGACGCGGCGGCCGGGGAGGACGACUCGCCGGAGGCUGACCGCUGCCUCGACGCGCUGCGCCGGCUGCGCGCCAUCCGCGUCAACACCGACGUGCUCGUCUCCACGCAGGUUGGCAAACGUCUUCGACACCUUACUAAGCACCCUCACUCGGGCAUUCAGGCAGUUGCUACAGACCUUUUUGGGUACUGGAAAAAGGUUGUUCUUGAAGAGACAGGAAAGAAAAAUGGCAGCUCAGAGAAUGAAAGAUCAAGUGAUUCUUCAGGGAAGAUUGAGAAGGCGAGGCCAGUGAAGAUUGAAAGAAAUUCUUCAUCAUCAAGCAUGAAGGAUGAGAAAAGAGAUGUGGAUGUUAGAGGUCAGAGGCCUGACAGUGUCAAAGUUGAGAAGACCACCAGUAAUGGUUCCAAAGCUCAACCUGUGAAGGUUGAGAGGGUUUCCAAAGAAGUCAGUAGAACUCCUGAUACAAAGAAGACAGCAUCUGUCCCCACUGGACCCCCAAAGCUUACAUCCCUUGUCAAAUGCAAUGACGCCACCCGAGACAAAAUCCGGGAAUUACUUGCUGAAGCUUUCUCAAAGGUUCCCGGAGAGACUAGCAAUGAUGACCGGGAGGAAGUGAGGAACAUCUUGGACCAAGUAGAUGCAUGUGACCCAUUUAGAGUUGCUGUGACAGUGGAGUCCGCAUUAUUUGAGAAGCUUGGACGUUCUACUGGGGCCCAGAAGGCAAAAUAUAGGUCAAUAAUGUUUAACCUGAGAGCAGAUAACAACACUGAUUUCCGGAGAAGAGUUCUCAUUGGUCAAGUGAGGCCUGAGAGGCUUCCAGACAUAUCCCCCGAAGAGAUGGCUAGUGAUGCAAGGAAGCAAGAGAAUAAACAGAUCAAGGCGAAGGCUCUGUUUGACUGUGAGCGCGGAGGAGCACCGAAGGCAACAACUGAUCAGUUCAAGUGUGGCAGAUGUGGCCAACGGAAGACAACUUACUAUCAGCUCCAGACUCGGAGUGCUGAUGAACCGAUGACAACAUUUGUGACAUGCGUGAACUGCAACAAUCACUGGAAGUUCUGUUGAGUGCCAUCCUGCUAAAAUGUUGGCUUAGUAGUGCUGAGCACCAGCCUACUAAAAUGCGUGCUCUGUUAGCUAGGGCUGUCAUUCAAAUUUGACAGGGCAGAUUGGAAUCAGUUUUUCGUAAGCUAGGAGCCUUUUUCCUCUUCCCUGUUUUUAUCGCUCUUUGCGAACCUGAUUUAUUCAGAUUGUACUAGUUGACCGCAUAAAUGUUGUUGUCUUAAUUAUCAUCAGCUGCUGUACCCAUCAGUUUUGGAUGGCUCUGUGGUUCAUUGUAAAUGAGAUGGCGCUGUUGUUUUACA